GACUACUGCGAGGAGAAGAUGUCGGAUGAGGAGUGCAAGGCUGAGGACCCCGGUGAGGUUUGGGUCGCCAAGAUUGGAAGCCUCUUCGACUUGAUGCAGAACUCUGGGCAACUCUGCCAGAUGAAGUCGCCCGCGGUCGAGUACCAAGCUCGCUGCCUCCUAACACGCCUUACUAGGAGCAGCUUUCUGAGGCUUGGGCCAGCUGUCUUGCGUCGGGGAGUCAGGCGGAGUCCAUGGUUCGAGGUCGAACGGCCUGACGUGAUGCAGACUGGCAAAACUUGCCCUUGGCAGCUCAUCGUUCCCGUGGGCUUGCCUGGAACUGGCCUCCACGACUACUCGCGGCGCCUACGCGAGGACGAGAUCCCAUGCUCCCGUUACAGCGCCAUGGCUUCGUGCUUCGUCGUCUUUCUGCUGGCCUUACUUUGCCGCGGGGCAUCCCUGCGGCAGGGCUUUACCGACUGCACUGGGGAGGACACCUCAGAUCACGGCUUGCGCCGAGCAUACAGGCGCUUGGCGCUGGAGAACCAUCCAGACAAGGGUGGAAGUAACGAGCUUACGUCGGACCUCACGGCUUUACGUGACAACUUCCUGCGCGACCCUUUGCACUUCCAGGUCUUCAGAGCCACCUUUGCGGCAGAGCUCCUGGCCUUCGGCAACGGGCCUCGUGGUAGGCUGCGGCGCGCGAAUGCAAGUGUACAGCUGCAUGACGGCUGGCCGUACAUCCAGGUUGAACUCGACUUGGAUCAUGGCGGGCUGCUGCUCGAUGGGGGCAGCUGGACGUUCGCCUUUGGCUUGAAAAAUGCCAGCACCGUCCACUACCGUGGGGAUGAGCGGGCUCGUGGCUACGAUGUUUGCUGUGACUUUGUUCAAGAUUCGCGGUGCCAGCGUCGGCCAGCGUCCAACAUCAGCGUGCCAGAGCCCAAAUGCCAAAAGGACUCUGCCACGAAGUGUCAUGAAGGCACCAGCAACCUCAGCAGCUUGUACUCUACUUCCGACUGUCCUUUGCCGCCCUUGGUUACAGCCUCUGUCAGGAGGCCACUCCAUCUGAACAUGACCGGCCAAUGGGGAGCAGCGCUUCAGGUCAAAGAUGCUUCCGGCGAGGAGGUUGCCUGCGUUGCGUUUGCCCUUGUGCACGAGUCGAUGCAGCAGAUAGAGCCGGAGACGGGGGAGACGGAGUCCACGCUGGCAGGCAGCCCAGGCGGUGCUAGUGGGCUCGGACUCGAUGGGAUCGGCACUGACAAUGCCACGCACCAGCGAGGUGCAUCGGAAGGACCUCCAGAGGUGUCUUUCCAACACAUCGGCAGCGGCCAGUUCUGUGAAGACGGUGGGGACCUGCUCGAAGGUGCCCUGGACGACUACGGUGGUCUGUCUCCGUUUGGAGGUGCUCGAAGAGCGAGUGCGGAAAGCUCCAUGUUCUACGGCUCCAAGUGCCGCGAGCGCUGCCGGCGGAAAAUGAAUUGUCGAUUCUACACUGCCUAUAGCAGUGGAUGGUGCCAGCUCUCCAGCUCGUGCUGGCGAUCCCUUGGCGGUGACUUUUGCGAAGACCCCUCGCGCUUAGCAGUUGAGAACCCAGAUUUGCUGGAGAUCGGUGAUGGCAUGAUAGAAGAGUGGUGCUUGUCCAGCGGGCUUCAGCGGAGUAGGGCACCUGGCCCUGAGCACUCCAGCGAUGAGCCGGAUCUGGAGGCCUUCGGAGAGUUCGACCCUGAGGCACGGCGAACACUUGGAACCCUGGCUCGGUUAAGCGGCCGCAGCCUUGUCCGAAGCAGCGUCGCUCUCGGUUUGUUGGAGGCCGAACGACGAGCGCUUUUGCAGCAGCAUCCAGAUGCUCGAAAGGUUGCCGCUGUGCUCCUCGGCAGCCCUCCGGCAGACUUUCGAGAGUGGGUGAAGAUGCGGCAAAGGGCCGACAUUGAAGCCAAGAAGGCGCUUGGCGAAGAGCUGCCGGACGAGGCUUCGGAGACCCUCUGCUCUGGUGUGCCUGAUGCUGUGGACAAGGCGCUGGGUGAAUUCGCUCGCUUCACCUUGCCGAGCAGAGCUGAAGGUUUCGACGAGGUCCGAUAUGAAUGGGCCGGCGAG